UUCCACCCUGAUGACCCCACUGUUUCUGCCCGCAUCUCAGCAAGCCUAAGGGACAUCUCACUCUGGAUGAGGGAUCACCUUCUCCAGCUUAACCUUGCGAAGACAGGACUGCUUGUCAUAUCAUCUGAACCAAAGAUUCAUCACAACCUAUCCCUUCAGCUAGGUUCCUCGACCAUCACGUCAUGCAGGACAGCCAGAAACCUGGGAGUGAUAAUUGAUGAUCAGCUUAGCUUCACAACUCAUGUUGCCAGCACCGCCCGCUCUUGUAGAUUAAUUCUCUACAAUAUUAGGAAAAUUAGACCUUUCCUAAAUGAGCAUGCCACACAGGUCCUAGUCCAAACUCUUGUCCUGUCCAGGCUGGACUACUGCAAUGCGCUACUGGCUGGACUUCCAGCCUGCACAACCAAACCCCUGCAGAUGAUUCAGAUUGCAGCGGCAAGAGUGGUUUUCAAUGAGCUAAAGACGGCGCACGUCACUCCUCUCUUUGUCAAGUUACAUUGGCUUCCUAUAGCAGCUCGCAUCAAAUAUAAAGCUCUGCUCCUGGCCUUUAAAACCACCACCUUCACUUGCUUAUACAGCCUUACGUACCCUCUCGAUCCCUGUGCUCUGUCACCGAGCGAUGGCUUGUGCAGAAGACGACUUCACUGUCCUUCACACAUCGCUGGACUGAACAGUGACUACAAUGAGCAUCUUUUGGUUUAUAACUACACUGCUACUGCUGCACUCCUGCACCCCAGGUAA